AUGCGUGCAGUGGAAAAUAUUAUACAGGAACGCCGUUUGCUAGAAGAAAUUGAAUAUCCUCUAGUAUGCAACUUGCGUUACGCUUUUCAAGAUGAUGAAAAUCUAUUCAUGGUCCUUGACUUGAUGUUAGGUGGUGAUUUAAGGUUUCAUUUGGAACGACAAGCUUGCAUGAAAGAGGAAGUAGUAAAGUUUUAUGUUGCUGAAGUUAGUUUGGGAUUGAAUUAUUUACAUUCUAAAAAGAUUGUUCAUAG